CUGGGGGCAAUGGCUGCCUCCACUCUCCCCUCUUCAGCAAGACACCGAGAAAAAGGGCUGAGGGAAAUGGCAGUGAUCCUUCUUCUCCUGACUUGUCUUUGGGGUGUGGUUUGGGGCUCAGAUCCUACAACUUCAGCCACCGCUGAGGUGAGGCUAGCGAAUGGAACGAGUCGCUGCAACGGAAGAGUGGAAGUGCUCCAUAAUGGCCAGUGGGGCACCGUUUGUGAUGAUAACUGGGGCAUGGAGGAUGCCAGAGUCGUAUGCCGGCAGUUGGGCUGCACGGCAGCAUUAUCAGUCGUAUCCAGAGCACAUUUUGGAAAAGGAACUGGCCGCAUCUGGCUGGAUGAAGUUGAAUGCAAAGGCACAGAAUCAACUCUCAGUCAGUGCCCUGCAAGGCCUUGGGGAGAAAACAACUGCAACCAUGGAGAAGAUGCUGGUGUCAUAUGCGCAGGUAAUUCUCUCUUAAUAGAUGUAAGGCUGGUCGGCGGUUCAACUCCCUGUACUGGCCGGGUUGAGGUGUUCCAUAACCAACAAUGGGGAACAGUGUGUGAAAAUGGCUGGGACAUCAAUGAAGCUCGUGUUGUGUGCCGGGAAGUGGGUUGUGGAGAUGCCAGAGCUGCACCUGGUAGAGCUAAAUUUGGACAAGGAUCUGGUCCCACUUGGAUGGAUGGAGUCAACUGCACAGGAUCAGAAGACAGUCUGAGUAAAUGCCCAGCAAAGCCAUUGACAGAACACAGCUGUGACCACAGCAAAGAUGCCAGUGUGGAGUGUGAAGGCUUCUCAGAGCCUCCUGAAAUCAGAUUAGCAGAAGGUCCUACUCACUGCUCUGGCAGAGUUGAGAUACUCCAUGAACAAAUUUGGGGAACUAUAUGUGACGACGACUGGGACCUUGAAGAUGCCAAUGUUGUGUGCCAUUAUCUUGGCUGCGGAAGUGCCACUUCAGCUCCGCGAGGUUCUCGUUUUGGAGCAGGAAGCGGCCCCAUCUGGCUGGAUGGUGUGAACUGCACAGGAUCAGAGAAGGCCAUCAGUAAAUGCCCUGCUAAAGAAUGGGGGCAGCAUGACUGUACCCACACUGAAGACGCUGGCGUUAUAUGUACAGGUAACAGACCUGUUCUGCAUAUCCGACUGAUGAACGGCUCAACUCGUUGCUCAGGGAGGGUUGAGAUAUAUCACAACAAGCAGUGGGGCACCAUUUGUGAUGACGGCUGGGAUGUGCAGGAUGCAGAAGUUGUGUGCCGGGAGCUGGACUGUGGAAAUGCUUUAACAGCAACAGGUGGAGCACGCUAUACCCAAGGAUCUGGUACCAUCUGGCUAGACAGAGUUAACUGCACAGGGAAAGAAGCAUCCCUGAGAGAAUGCCAAGCAAGGCCUUGGGGAGAGCAUAGCUGUGACCACAGGAGGGAUGCGAGUGUGGAGUGCUCAGCUGCAUCCAACCCAAAUGAAAUCAGACUGGUCAAUGGUACAGGCCGCUGUGCUGGGAGAGUUGAGAUACUCCACAACCAGCAGUGGGGGACCGUGUGUGAUGAUGGCUGGGAUAUGAACAGUGCCCAAACCGUGUGCAGAGAACUUGGCUGUGGGAAAGCAGUAGCAGCCCCACGAGGAGCUCAUUUUGGAAGGGGAAUUAAUCCUAUCUGGCUGGACGAUGUCAAAUGCAAAGGGACAGAAGCUGCCCUCAGGGACUGCCGCCUAAAGCCUUGGGGAGAACACAACUGCAACCAUGGAGAAGAUGCUGGUGUGGUGUGCUCAGAACUCAGACUGGUAAAUGGCACAAAUCGCUGCUCUGGAAGAGUUGAGAUAUUCCAUAACCAGCAAUGGGGGACCAUAUGCGAUGACCGCUGGGGCAUGAAACAGGCUGAAGUUGUAUGCAGGGAGAUGGGCUGUGGUGUUGCUUUAAAAGCCCCUACAAAUGCCUUUUUUGGACGGGGAUCAGGGCCCAUCUGGAAAGAUGAUGUCAACUGUGUUGGAACAGAAACUUUCCUCAGUGAAUGCACAUCCAGUGCUUGGGGCCUUAAUAACUGUAACCACGGAGAAGAUGCUGGUAUUGAGUGUGCAGGGUCACCCAACCCAGAAGAGAUUAGGCUGGUCAAUGGCUCAAGUCGGUGCUCUGGAAGGGUGGAAGUGUUUCAUAUGCACCAAUAUGGAACUGUGUGUGAUGAUGGCUGGGACCUGAAUGAUGCCACAGUGGUAUGUAAGAACCUUGACUGUGGAACGCCCAUAUCUGCCCCACAUGGAGCCCGGUUUGGGCGAGGAAUGGAUCCCAUCUGGCUGGAUGACGUGGAAUGUACAGGAACAGAAUCUUCCCUCUCUGACUGCAAAGCUAAGCCUUUCGGAACCAAUAACUGCAACCAUGGAGAAGAUGCUGGUGUCGUGUGUUCAGGUAAUCGAUUUCGAUAUGAUCUCAGACUGGUCAAUGGCUCAAACCGCUGCAGUGGGAGAGUUGAGAUUCGUCCAGCCCACAGCGAUCAGUGGGGAACCAUCUGUGACCGUACCUGGGACAUAAAUGAUGCCGAAGUUGUGUGUAGGCAGCUGGGAUGUGGAAAGGCCAAAGCCGCCCUAAGUGGGGCUCAUUUUGGACAAGGAUCAGGUUCCAUCUGGAUGGAUGACAUAAACUGCAGAGGCACAGAAGAUGCUAUCUCAGAAUGCGGUGCAAAUACGCAGGGGAACAAUAACUGUCAUCACGGACAAGAUGCAGCAGUUGUUUGUUCAGGUAAUGCUAAUGUGGCUAACGUCAGACUGACAGAUGGCCCAAAUUCCUGUGCUGGGAGAAUUGAGGUGUUCCACCAGCAACAGUGGGGGACUGUGUGUGAUGAUGGAUGGGACCUGAAUGAUGCCAGUGUUGUGUGCAAGCAACUGAAUUGUGGCAUUGCCUUGGAAGCCCCACAUGCAGCACGCUUUGGGCGUGGACCUGAUCGCAUCUGGCUGGAUGAUGUGAACUGCACAGGGUCAGAAGAUUCCCUCAAAGACUGUGGAGGACGUUCUGUAGGAGAGCACAAUUGUGGCCACUCUGAGGAUGCAAGUGUGAUAUGCUCAGGUCUUUUCCAGGUGCGAUUGGCUAGUGGCCCUAAUUCCUGUGCUGGGCGGCUAGAGCUGGAGUAUAAUGGCUCCUGGGUUUCUGUUGGUGACUCUGGCUGGGGUCUUCCAGAGGCCACGGUGGUAUGCCGGCUCCUGGGCUGUGGAGCAGCAGUGUCAGCACCAGUGGGCAACACGUAUGGCAUGCCUAUAGGGGCAGCUGUGUUGGAUAAUGUGAAGUGUACUGGACAAGAGUCAUCCCUCACUGAAUGCCAAGCUACACCCACCGGUCCCAACAAGUGUGUCUGUGGUUCCUAUGCUGGAGCAGUGUGUGAAGGAAAAACAGGUUCUUCUGUAAUUAUUGCUGUGAUUCUGGUACUGGCAGCUGUUGCCCUGCUUCUUGGUUUGUCCUUUUUUUACCUGCGAAAAAAGAGGAGGGGAAGAUCAUUUGGGGCAUUCCCCUUUCCUCGUAGACAUGAUGUAUUUAGGCAAGACAUUGCAAUUGGGUCCCGUACAGUAAAUGGCACUCCAGAAAUAUAUACCCAUGGAGGAGAACAAGCUGCACAUGAGAUGGAUUGUGACACUGCCCGCUUAGUGAAAGAAGACUCUGUCCCUUCCCCAGACCGCAUUAACUGAGAGGCAGGGGAGGAGGGCUGGACUCCAGCGCUGGCAAGAUCCACCAGGAGAUAGUUCGCUCAGCAUUCUCAGUCACAGAGGGAGAUCAUAUAAACCUAUUGUACAGUUAGUGCAAAUAUUCAAAGACUGAGUAUAUUUUGAUAGGAUUCGUGGGAUGUCCUAGCUUCUGGGAGCACACAGACAGGACAAUCAAGAGAAACAGAAACCUUGAUGAUGAUGCCUACCUUUUUUUUUUUUGAGAAUGGAGCUUUGGAGGGUGUGUUUGGAAAUGGUUACUUUCCUUAUUGAUCGCUACACUCAGUGAUGGUCUGAUCUUACCUGUUGUAACCAGUAGAGAACAUGCUCUUCUCCCCUAGUAAACAGGAGGUCCUUUUACAUAUGCCAAACAUAUCUUCUGAGACUAGAAGGCAAGGUAAAUCUGAUUUACCUGGGAAAUGGAACUUCCUCUUAUCUCCUAUUCAUUUUUCUGCCUUGGUCUGGAAAACGGAGUUCCUUAGAGCUGUCCCAGAACUCAACCAAACCAAAACAAGAUAAUAAAAGACCAGGAGGCAAGGAGCCAUUUUUACCUCAGCAGAAGGGAUUUUGAUGGGGUUUCAGUUGCAGGCAUUCUCUUGGCAAGGCAUAUGGGGUUUUAUUGUAUAAUGUAUGUUUUUAAUAUCUGGAAUUGUGAGCCACCUUGAGUCACAAGGGAAAAGUGGGGUAUAAAUAUUUAAAUAAAUAAAUGGAGAGACACAACAGAUGACCAACCAUUCCUCCUCCAUUCCUUGCUCCCUCCAAACCUAGUCAAAAGAGAUUGACCAAGAGCUUGAACUCUUGGUGACUGCCUCUGAGGCACUGUCCUAACAUGGAAGAGAACAAUUCCCUCAGCAACUAUCACCAAUGCAGUGAUGCAUAAGAAAGUGUUCUGAAUAAAGGCCAUUCCAAACAGAGGAGUGAUAGUGGGAAGUUCCUCCUGUGUUCACCAAGUACCCUUUUUUUCAAGGGGAGGAGCCACCUGUUACAUAUGCCUUUUUCUCAGUACAAUCUACAGAGACCCAACACAACUGGUUUUUGAGGGGCAAACUGUCCACCUGAACUUUAUGCAGUGAUUUACAACCACUUUUGACGUUAGAUUUUUGAUAGCAAGACAUUCAGGAAGAGCUCAGUCAAACAAUAGCCCUACAUCCUACCAACAAUCAUGGCCUGGUCAUUUUA